CUCGGUGACCCACUCCCGGUUCCCUGGGCAGCACUUCCCUCUGUGGUUACUUACGCUCCUCAGCUCUGCAUCCCGAUAUUCACUGAGGAAAUUGCAUAGCCAAACGCUCCUUCACCUUGAGGUAUUACCAUAUGGUCAGGUUAUGAAGGGCUUGUAUAAGGAGAAAACAACAAAUCUAAGAAGCUCUGAUCUAGCGUGUUUGUUGGGUGACAGAUGGAUUAGUAGCUUCAUUAUCGAUGCAGCAUGCCAUCUUGUGAAUAGAAUGGCAACCAGGGCCAAUUCCCGAAUGUUUGCCCUACCAAUCACUCGCUGCACUCAAAUUUUGGAUGUAUUUGCAGAGGAGACCCAGCACCAAGAAGACAGGAUCAACGGAACCUGAGCUUCCAGAGUUAGAAACAGAGCUCGAGUGCGGAGCUCGAGACGGGCGAGUCAGUGCUCUCUUCAUGCCAUUUCACAUCAAUGGCAACCAUUUUGUUGCAAUAAAAGUGGACUUCCAAGAAAAAUUGCUUACAUACAGCGACCCAAAGUUCCCCUCCCUAUCAUGCUGCCCGGGAAAAAUUCUACAUGCAGUCAAAGGCUGGCUAUCCCUAGUAUCUGGAACAUCUGGUUGGAAUUUCCAAUCGAGAGAGUUCCCUAUGCCAUACCAGGGUGAUAACACAUCAUGUGGAGUAGUAGUCAUAUCGAGUAUUGCUGCUAACGUACUUGGGCAUGAGGAGUGGUCAAUUGUAACAAGAUUUCACCAUCGGCUUGCUUGGUUUCUAUGGAUUACUCACCCAGAUGCAGACUCGGUGAGUAUUCCUUAAUGUAUAAAACCUAUUAGAGUCACUAAAGAAUGACUUUUCCAGGAGUCGGUGAGAAUGCUUUUCGACACAAAUUUUGAAGAGGGCAGCCAAGCAGUCAAAUGCAAGGAGCCUGACAGUGGCUCCGAUCCUAAGGCUGCACCCAAGAGAGGCCCGCAAGGGGAACAGGCCUGUCCUCCUAUUUUGAACAGGGACAACCUGAGGAAAAGAGUUGGAGACGCGGAG